AUGGAUGAUGAUAGGCCUUGGAGGGGUUCCCAUACCCCUUGUGGUGCCGAUGAUGUUGCUUGCUUCCAUGCUGCGAUCACCAUUCACCUGGGCAACGGCCGGAAGACCUCAUUUUGGCACGAUCGUUGGUUAUUUGGCCAAUCUCCAGCUAGCAUGGCUCCGGACCUCCUGCCGGUCUGUACAAGGAAGAACAUCUCAGUUCAACGCGCAUUCAGCCAUCAAACAUGGAUGUCUGGGCUUCAUCGCAUAUCCAAUACUACUCAAUUGCGUCAGUUCACCCUCCUGUGGCAUUUACUGCAACAGACUGAGCUGCGGCAUGAUAUUGAGGAUUCCAUCAGUUGGAACUGCUCUGAUUCCGGUACUUACUCUGCUCGCUCUGCUUACCUGGUGCAAUUCCAUGGCUCCUACUCCACCUGCAAUUUCUCAAAACUGUGGAAGGCCAAGGUCGAGCUUAAGUGCGGGUUCUUCAUGUUGCUCUGGAUUUGUGGCCAUACUCUCACCAACGAUAACCUUGCUGUCAGGGGUUUGGACCAUAACCAAUACUGCAACGUGUGCAACCAAACGGAGGAGACUCCCCUGCAUCUGAUCUUCAAGUGCACCUUCGCGCAAGAAGUGUGGCUGCCCUAUUCUUGCCUCCAAUGCCGCCACUGCUCCCUCUGUUUCUUCCUGGUGGAAUGA